AUGGCCAAUAGACAGACCAUUUGCAGGUUUCAUACAAGCACGUUUAUUGCCAAAUAUAGAACUUAUUCAUAUGGCGAAUUUGAUUCUGAAAUAAUACUAAAAGUAGAAAAAAUUGAAAAUUGGAUUAGUAGAUAUUCUGCAGCAUGUAAACGUGAAAUGGCAGCUAUAGCUUUAGAACGUCAAGAACAAAAUUAG